AUGGAAGUGAGCACUACAACAAACAACAAGGUUUCAAAAACCAAAAUGGAAGAAGACUUAAUCGACGAAAAACCAUUAGCAGAUGCUGAACGAUUAUUAAAUAAAACUCAGAACAUUCAGUCAAUUUUGGUUAAUCAACUCCAUUGGAUGGAAAAUGAAGUAAAUGAACGAUUUUCUGAAUUCAAAAAUGAUCUCGACUUUCAACAACAACCAACUAAAUCGGUCAUAGGCAAUUCUUCAAAGUUAGGCCGCAGCCCGGUAGAAGAUCGAAUUUUUCUUCAACGCAAUUCGUUAUUAACAGAUUUAUUUGAAGUAUCUCAUAUUCGAAGCAUAAGAAAUAUAUUUAGUGCCAUACUAAUUCUGUUUAUAUCUCAAGUUACCAUUAAUGACCUCAUCGAAAACGGAAGAAUUAAUUUGAAUUUUGAACUGAUCUUUUGGUGUUUUGGUAAACUUCACGUUGCUUUAUUCACAUGGCUUGUUAUGCAAUUAUCAACAGCGGUUAUUGUCUAUCUCUGUUUUUACGCUUGGGCAACAAACAGGGUGAAAUAUUCAAACCGACUCAAAUUGUAUGAUAUUACUUGGCUUUGUAUUUAUGUGACGUAUUUAAUUGCUUUUUUUGUUUUACCAUGCCGUGAAGUAGUUUUAAACGAAUUACCAGUUGCUUCUGCUUUAGUUGUUCUUCUUGAACAAUUACGCCAGUUAAUGAAAGCGCACGCGUUUGUACGUGAAAAUACGGCAAAAGUCCUUGCUCAAUGUCAUUCCUGUAUUGAUCGGUCUAACACCAAUGAGCUUGAUUCAACUGCUGGUGAACAGUUAGCACGUCCUGUUGUUUGUCCAAAUUUUUCACAAUAUUUAUAUUUUCUGUUUGCUCCAACACUUAUUUAUCGUGAUUUAUAUCCACGUAAUUCAGUUAUUCAUUGGGAUUAUGUUUUAAGUAAUUUUGGCCAAGUAUUGGCUGCAAUAUUCUAUGUUUAUUAUGUUGUUGUUCGAUUUUGUGUUCCAACAUUUUCGAAUUUGAAUACGUCGGAAAUAUCCGUCUCGUUAUUUGCAUCAUGUUUGUUCAACUCGAUUAUGCCUGGUUGUCUAUUUUUAUUAUUAGGAUUCUAUGGUUUUCUGCAUUGUUGGCUAAAUGCAUUCGCUGAAAUGUUACGGUUUUCUGAUCGAAUGUUUUAUAAGCUAUGUGGCUAUCGUCGAAAAUCGUUGGCAGCGUUUUGUGUUGUAUUGUUAAGUGCAAUAGUUCACGAAUAUGUAAUGAUAUUUGCACUUGGAUUUUUCUAUCCCGUCAUGUUUGUAUUCUUUGGCGUUUGCGGAAUUGCUUUAUUGUUUCUGAUGAGCAAUAAGAACAAAGGCAAUUCAUGGAACAUUAUGAUGUGGGUAUUUUUGUUAGUUGGUAUCGGAUUUCAAAGUUGUCUCUAUUUUAUGGAAUGGUAUGCACGACGAAACUGUCCCCAGAAUGAAGAAGAGAUUCAAUCACUUCAGUUAAUUUAUGGUGAUGAAUGGUAUAAAUACGAUUCCAACAGCGAAACAUAUCGUCUAAAACUUGGUCGUCGAGCUGAUCAGCCGGUUGAACUACAAGUUACAUUCGUUGAUGGCUAUCCAUAUGAAAGUAAACCCAAAUAUUCUCUAUAUGCACCGUCUUUACGAGGCGUCACAAGACAACAUCUGACUGCUAAAUUAGAACAAAUUGUGAGUGAAAAUUUAAACGAAUCAAUUAUUUAUCGUAUGGCUCAAGCUGUUAGUGAUUUUUUAGAUGAACAAGAAAUCUACGUUGAAGGUGCCGAUGGAGAUCAACAUCAGCAUGAUAUUUCUUCGGUAUGUGAUAUCAAUCAACAUCCAAAAUCUCCUGAAUUAUCAUUGGAAAAAAAAUAUCAAUGUCCGAUGAUUAUAACGGAUGAUCCAACAGAUGAAGAUAGGGCAAGUGUAUUCCAGGCUCAUAUGGCAAAUAUUGAGCAUCAAUGCCAAAUUCAAAUGGUUUUAGACGAGCUAAAAAAGCACAAAAAAAUUGCGAAUGCUAAACAUAACGUUUAUGCAUACAGGAUUAUGAGUGAGAAUGGUAAAUUAAUUAGUGAAUGUAAUGAUGAUGGUGAAAAUCGUGCUGGCGCUUGGGUAUUAGAACCAUUAAUUUUAAAAAAUCUCGUAAAUAUUCUUGUUAUUGUGACAAGGAGAUAUAUUAUGUCGGAAGACUGGGUUCAGUUACAGGUUGAUGAGAUCGAAGCAUUAAAUAGUAUUUACAGCGAAAAACAAUGGAAAUUAGAUACGUCAUCUGACAUUGAUAGAACAUACGAACUUACAAUUGAUUCUAAUCCACAACGUUCAGUUUCUCUUGAUAUCACAUUUUGUGAUGGUUAUCCAACUCUAUGUCCUCCAAAGUACAAUAUAAAUGCGCCAUGGCUACGUGGUUCAGAAAGACAACAAUUAACUAAUGCACUUGAAACAGUUUAUUUAAACAAUGCCAAUAAGUCAAUUGUAUUUCUGUGGGCGGAAAAAUUACGAGAAUUCGUGGAUAAAGACGGGGAAUUUAAAACAAAUAAUUUGAUUCAACUACAAGUAAAUAAAUUAGGAGAUACAGAUGAUAAACAAGUACUAUCCAAUGCUCGUAUAAAAUCAAUAAUCGAAUUGCCUCCUAUCUAUAGUGAUGAAGCAUUUGAAGAUCGAAGAAGUACUUUUCAGGCACAUUUGGCACCAGUUCAUAGUAAAGAACAGGUAUCAUUGGUUUUAGCAAAAUUAAAAGAGAAUAAAAAAAUUGCAAAUGCCACCCAUAAUAUUUACGCAUACAGAAUAUGGGAUGAGAAAAGAAACGUUCUUUUAGCUGAUUGUGAUGAUGAUGGUGAAACGGAUGCAGCGAGUCGAAUGUUACAUUUGAUGGAUGUUAGUUUUCAUAUAUUUUAUGAGUUGAAUAAAUUGUCUAAUUUAUUUAGUUAUUAG